AUGGCGUCAAUUUCUCUGCUUCUCUUGGUUUCUUUUCUUUGCAUCACGAUUCAUGGCUGUUUUGGUGGUUAUACUCCCACCGUCAAUACCACCUUUUCCCCAACUGCACCAAGACUUCCGUGCGAGUAUGCCGCCAUCGGGAAGUGUAACCAUGAAUUCAAAAACGUUUUCUUGAUCGCCAACAGGCGCGCAAUCUAUGGUGGACGAACUCAAAGUUUGAAGGACAAGAAAAAUGUUUAUUGCCAAGCUCUUCAGGUAUUAAUUAAGCUUUACUGAGUAUCGACCCUUUUUAAUACUGUCGUGAAGUUCAGUCCUUCUUUUUUUUUCGAACAGUUUUUCCCCAUCUCCCGUCACGGCAAGGUUAAGCGGUUGCCGUGAGUGUUUAUGGGUGACAGCAUUUUUCAGACUGUUUAUCACGCCCUCUGAUUGCCACCAUCUCAUUUUGGUCAAAAGCGAAGCAAAAUUGCACUUCAGUGAAACUUCGGAGAUCCGUGGUGAUAUUCGUCUUCUUCUAUCCUUGGUAUAAUAACAUCUGAACUCUGGAGAAAAACACUCACUUUUAUCUUUGAAGGCAUUGCUCUAGAGUUUUGCGUGUAGCAAACCGCCGCGACACUGUUUAGAUGGUUGAGGUUUAGGGGUCUUUUUGAGCUUUAGCCACAACUGAAGAGAUGGAGAAGCUUCUCACUCGUAUCUCCACCCCUUUUUAAGGGAAAAGAAUAGGGCAAUAAGAACACGGGCUUGAAAUAGAGUGAAUAUUACGCUGAUCGUUAUUGAUCGUUGUGUAUCAUUGUCGUCAACAGACUUUUAUGGACUGCUUAUGGAAAUCUCUAAAGAAAUGUCCAGGGGGUACCUGGCUUGCACAGUAUAGUUUGGUCGUCCUGGAACAUGGUGUGAUGGACAAAAAAUGUGCUGUGUGCCGUCGACAUCGGGUUAGAAAACUUGAAAAGGCCUUACAUGGUAAGAGGAAAAAACUGUAACAAAAAAUUCCCCAAGAGAUUUUGGAAGUUAGUUUGAAUGUGUUAGAGCCCGACGGCUCCCUUACGGGUGAUAUAAAGGCCCUUUUUUCAUUUUUUUUUUUUUUUCACCAUUGGAUUUUGUAUUCGGUGAACGCAAAAAAAUGGAAGAAUGUGAAAGUGCAAAGGGACUGGGGGGUAGAGAUCGGUAGCAAGAGUCUUUUGCGCUUCCUACACUCGUCCCUACCACCUGGUGCUUUGCCGCAAAUUUAUCUGUGCUCGUCUCAUCUCCCACUUUAUUUGUCCUAUUGAACUGGCCAGUUUUGAUCUUUUCGUUUGCAAGUUCUCGCGAGGCUCGCGCACGAGCAAAAGAGGGCCCUUGCCCAAAUAGGAGAGUUUGCUCGCAGGCUACUUUUCGUUGCACACUCCUGACAAAUCCUUCUUGGUCUACUUUUCAGCAAACAGCCUACAAAACUAUGUUGGUAAGUGUUCCUUAAACUAGCUAAAAAAUACAACAACAAUCUUCCUCAUCAAUCUAAAUAUUUAUUUAUAGCCAAAAUCGGACCUCCUCAGCCACGAAAAGCAAUGAAAGGAGGCUUUAUUCGCAGGCUAUUUACUAAAAAUGAGCACGCGGGUGGGGGAGGGGAACAAUCGUUACAUCGAGGACUGCCUCAUAUGCAAACUAAUAAGGCCAAAAACCCUUGUCCUACCAAGUUGAGGAUUUGGAGAGGGAAAAUCUUUAAGGUGAACUUGAGUAUUCGAAAUAUCAGGAGCCCAUUACCCAGGCUGCAAGUAUCACCAGAUUCUACCCACGGAAAUUCUUGCACUCGUGCUUCAGGGGCUGAGGGAUAGUACCAAAAUACCCUAAUAUCCCUGAGGUUACCACUAAAAAAGAACCAUUGUUGCUGUUCCUAUCCAGGUCAUGAUACCUGCCGAGCUUGCGCACGGUUUGUCCACCGAAAGUGCGUUAAGCGUUUCCUCGACAAGAUGACGCAAGACUCAAACAUGUGUCACGAUGUGCAGGAAUUCAUCGCUUGUUAUAUUGAAGAGGGGGAUCCUAAGAAAUCUAGCUGUGGCCUUGAAAGGAUUGUGAAGAAUUUCUCUCGCCUAUGUGGGCAGCUCGGAAAACAAAUGUUGAGAGAAGAUGAGAUUCACCCUGGCUUGAUGUGCUGA